GCUGAACUGUCAAACGUCGUGACGUCAAUGAAAUAGAGUGCACACGUGCGCUGGCGCAAUUUGUCAAAUUCACAUCAUUCACAUACGAUCAGUGAAUGCCUGUGCGUGGCCUGUGUCUGUGCAACGCAUCCGCAGCGUUGCUUGUCACAUAACCUUUUUCUCCCACUACAAUUUCAUUCAUAAUUGUACAACCUACCUUAUCUAUUCUCAAUUGUACAACAGGAAAUUCCAAAAAAUGGACCAUUAUAGCAUUCAAUUAAUGGACGAUAUUGUAUUGGAAGAGAGGAAACCAUCUAAGAGUAAUAGUAAAAACUCUUCUGGUAAAACCUCAAAAGAAGUUAGUAAGGUACAAAAUAUUCCAAAGCAAAAUAACUCAUCACAACAAGCUCCUGAGAAAUUCAAUAUGGUCUCAACUAAUCUGAAAGUGGAGAUGCAGAUGCUGCGAAUCACCGACGAAUCUGAAAGGCAACUUUACGAGACCUUGAGGCACAUUUAUGGAACUGAUUUUCAACUUGCUGAUGCUUCGGAAUACAAGGAUAAAAAGUCCAAUUUGGGUAAGCAAUAUUGGAUGGAACGUGGAAAUUUAGUGAUAAAAAGUGUAGUGGAUUAUUCAUCAAGGGAAAAUAGACCCAAGACGCAAGAGCAGAUCACCAAACAAUUUGCAACAUCUAAGCUAGAAAGCUACGGGUUUCAUACAUCACAUUGCAUAGAAGCAUUGGAGCAUGCAAAAGGAAAUGUGGGAAAUGCGAUGGAGAUCUUAUUUUUCAAGUAUUAUGGGGUUGAAAGUUUUCAACGAAAGAAUGGCAUUGAAAAUCUGUCCAUCGAGGAAGUAUCAGAGAGGCAAAAUGACGAGCGAAUGGCAUUAGAAUCAAUAUAUGGAGAAUCUUUUGUUGAAAAAAUAAAAAACCAAAUUUGGUUAAUUACUUUGAAACUAGACUACCUAGUUGGAAAAUAUGAAGAUCAAAAGCUCAACACUAGACCUGCAAGAGUGGAUAAAAAUAUUUGUCGUUUAUUCGUGAGUGGUCAUUGCAGAUUUGGAAAUAAGUGUAAAUUCCUUCACAGAAAACCUGAUAUUGUACCACAAUCUAUACCAAAACAGGACGCACAGUUCACUCUUGAAAUAAGAUUUCCUAAACGUCACGUUUAUCCUUAUGAUCCACCAUAUUUUUAUUUUUACAAAAAUACGGAAUCCUUCCCAAAAAUCGAUUGUUUGCGAAUAGUAAGACGCCUUUAUAAUGAGGCACUCGAACACUGUAUUCAUGGAACUCCGUCGAUAUUCUCAGCAAUAUCUCUCUUAGAAAAUGAAUAUGAAAUGAAGUCAUAUCUUGCUGAUAAUAAAGAAAAAUUCAUUGACAAAGAUGAUCCCUUAUUUCGGACAACAAUUAGCAAUGACCUUGACAAAAAUGUACCAACACAUUACGAAAAAGGUUCAACAAAUAAGAAGAACAGAGGUGAUCUUUCGUCCGAAGCAAUGAUAAAGCAAGAUGACGAGAUCAGACGAAAAUUCAUGGACAAACAGAAGAGUCCAAGAUACUUGAAAAUGAAAGAUGCACGUAGAAAACUGCCUGCGUGGUCUAAAAUGAACGAAAUCUUGGAUACUAUUCACGAAAAUCAGGUCACUGUGAUUUCUGGUGAAACUGGUUGUGGUAAAAGUACUCAGGUGCCCCAGUUUCUACUGGAUGAUUGGAUAAUAAAUAGAUCAGAAACCAAUAACGAACACGCUGAGAUUAUUUGUACGCAACCUCGUAGACUCAGUGCAAUUGGUGUAGCUGAAAGAGUGGCUGCAGAGCGAGACGAGCGGGUCGGGAAUACUAUUGGUUAUCAAAUACGUUUGGAGAGUAAAGUUUCCUCAGCAACUAGAUUGACGUUUUGUACAACGGGAAUUCUGCUUCAGAGAUUCUCAGGGGAUCCUCGCUUAUCAACUGUAACUCAUGUAGUUGUCGAUGAAGUACACGAACGUAGUGCUGAAAGUGAUUUCCUAUUGAUGCUCUUGAAAGAACUACUUCCCAGAAGACCAGACUUGAAAGUUAUUUUGAUGAGUGCUACAAUGAAAGCGGACACGUUUUCGACUUACUUCGGAAGUAUUCCCACACUGGAUAUUCCUGGUAGAACUUUUCCUGUUGAGCAAAUUUACCUUGAAGAUAUUUUAGAGAAGACCAAGUUCGUAGUUGAAGAAAAUUCGAGAUUUACCCGUAGAAUCAAAGGUGGUUUUGAAAAAUUAGAGACUGAAUUGGAAUCUGCCGAUGUGGAGGCUAUGGCUGGUAUAUAUCCCAAAGAUAAUAUAUUGGACGAAAAUCUGACACUGGCACAGCUUAUGAGAAGGUACGAAGGACACUCCAAACAAACCUACAAGAAUCUAUACGUUAUGGAUGAAGACAAAAUUAACUUUGAGUUGAUAGAAACCGUUUUGGAAUGGAUUGUCGAUGGGGAACACAGUUAUCCAAGAACUGGUUCAAUAUUGGUAUUUUUACCUGGUAUUGCAGAGAUCAUAGCCAUGAAAGAUUUGUUAGCUGAAAACAAGUCCUUGUCGCCCAAGAAUGGAAAUUUCGUUAUUGUUCCAUUGCACUCAUCUUUGUCUAGCGAAGAUCAGAGUAUGGUAUUCAAAAAAAUGAAGGAAGGUGUUAGGAAAAUUGUGCUGAGUACAAAUCUUGCUGAAACAUCAGUAACGAUAGACGAUUGCGUUUUUGUUGUGGAUACUGGAAAAAUGAAGGAGACAAGAUUUAAUUCAAAUCAAAACAUGGAGAGCUUGGAAAUGUGUUGGGUCUCACGAGCAAAUGCAAUGCAGAGGAAGGGUAGAGCCGGACGUGUAAUGCCCGGAGUAUCUAUUCACCUGUACACGUUGCACAGAUUCAAACAUCAUUUUUUGGCACAGCCAAUUCCCGAAAUACUGCGAAUUCCUUUAGAAUCUUUGCUGCUACGAAUUAAAAUUAUGAACAAAGGAAUAGAAAUUGAUCUCUAUGAUAUAUUAGGUAAAGUGCUCGAGCCCCCAUCGCGAGACAGUAUUUCAGAUGCUAUAAAGCGUUUGCAAGAUGUAGGAGCGAUAGCUGCAGACUGUAGGCUUACUCCCUUGGGUCAUCAUUUAGCGGCAUUGCCCGUUGAUGUUCGGAUUGGUAAACUUAUUCUAUUUGGGGCAAUUUUCUGCUGUCUCGACUCUGCAUUGACCAUCGCAGCUUGUCUGUCCCAUAAAAGUCCUUUUGUCGCACCCUUUGAUAAGAAGCAUGAGCUCGAUACAAAAAAAAAAGAUUUUUCUACUGCAAAUUCUGAUCAGUUGACGAUUCUAAAAGCUUAUAAGAAAUGGCUUGAGGCGUGUUCACACAGCGCCUAUGCGGGUCACGUCUUUGCCAAUACAAACUAUCUAUCAACCAAAACAUUGCAAAUGUUGGCCGAUGUGAAGCAUCAAUUCUUGGAACUUUUGGUCUCAAUCGGAUUUGUUCCAGUUGAUGUUGGAAGACGACGAUCGGGAGACGAUAAGAUAUUAGAAAUUACUGGACAAGCAUUGAAUGUGAACAACGAAAAUUACAAACUAUUACAAGGGUUGUUAUGUGCCGCAUUGUAUCCGAAUGUAGUAAAAGUUUUUACUCCGGAGAAAUCAUUUCAAAUGCAAUCGGCUGGUGCAAUACCAAGGCAACCAAAACCAGAGGAGCUGAAGUUCAAAACCAAGCAAGAUGGAUACGUGAACAUUCAUCCCUCUUCCGUCAAUUUUUCAGUCGGUCACUUUUCUAGCCCAUAUUUGGUUUACCAAGAGAAAAUUAAAACUAGCAGAAUAUUUAUCAGAGAAAUAUCCAUGGUUCCUAUGCUGGCACUAGUCCUUUUCUCUGGGUAUGGAAUUGAUAUUGAACUUCACAACGGAACUUUCAUUCUCUCACUAGAGGAUGGCUGGAUAAUGUUUAGCGUCGAAUCGCACAGGGUUGCUCAGCUCUUAGAAUGCAUACGUGUUGAGAUGGUCAAACUUUUAGAAGAAAAAAUGCAGGAUCCUCUGUUGAAUCUGGUCAACCAUCCGAAAGGCAAAAAAAUUAUUCAAACUAUCGUGAGCGUAAUAACGAGAGACUAGCCAAAUGAUGAAGUAUUAAAAUACAGAAUUUGAUUUAGCUAUAUUUAUUUUGUUUGCAUUGUGAUUAUUUAGAUUUUAAGCAGAGCUUUUACAAAUCUGUCCAGCCACAUGGAUCAUGUUUGUUUCAUAGAUUUAUUCGAUAUUGUAGUUUUUGACUAAAAUUGUGGCAACUAUUCACGCUGUGCCCUGGAAUGUAAAAGGCUGUUGUAAAUAUUCAACAGGACAUUCAACCAAACUAAUAACAGACAGUGUAUGGACUAAUGAAGAGAAAUAAAUAUAUUUCUAUGUUUACAAAAAACAAAAAAUAUAAA